CGAAGAAAAAAAAAAAUCCUCACUCGCAGCUGCGCAGAAGUGGUCUAGUCAAACCCGGAUGUAACCAACGCCUAAUUGCCGGAGAAAACGAUGCAGACAAUAAAGUGUGUAGUGGUGGGGGACGGAGCUGUAGGAAAGACCUGUCUACUUAUCUCCUACACAACCAACAAGUUCCCCUCAGAAUACGUGCCUACGGUGUUUGAUAAUUAUGCAGUGACGGUGAUGAUCGGAGGGGAACCCUACACACUUGGGCUUUUCGACACCGCAGGUCAGGAGGAUUACGAUAGGCUGCGACCUCUCAGCUACCCACAGACGGACGUCUUCCUCGUCUGUUUCUCCUGCGUCUCACCCUCAUCCUUUGAGAAUGUCCGAGAGAAGUGGGUUCCAGAGAUCUCCCAUCACUGUCCUCGUACACCCUUCCUGUUGGUGGGCACCCAGGUGGAUCUGAGGGACGACAGCAACACUGUGGAGAAGCUGGCCAAGAACAAACAGCGGCCCCUGUCCCCUGAGAGCGGAGACAAGCUGGCCCGGGACCUCCGGGCCGUCAAAUAUGUGGAGUGCUCUGCCCUCACGCAGAGGGGGCUGAAGAACGUGUUUGACGAGGCCAUCCUGGCAGCUUUGGAACCUCCUGAGACUAAAUCCAAGAAACGCUGUGUCCUGUUAUAAAGGGAGGAGGAGAGAAGGAGCGGUAGAGGGGCAGGGUUAAGAAUGUUAUAAAGGGAGGAGGAGAGAAGGAGAGGUAGAGGGGCAGGGUUAAGAAUGUUAUAAAGGGAGGAGGAGAGAAGGAGAGGUAGAGGGGCAGGGUUAAGAAUGGGCGAGUUGGUUACAAUUACGAGAAGCAGAUCAACAGCUUGAAAAGGACAAAAAGAGUGAAAAGGAAGGAGAUGAAAUGGCAUCGAGACUCCAAUACAUUCAUGCACUGUGCCUUCUUAAUAUGUUUUGAAAAAAGGAGAGGAGAGCGAUUUGGUCAUUCAAGUAAAGAAUACAAGAGGGGAAGGAAUCAACAGAACUUUCAUCUAGUCUCCUCCAGAUACACUUUAGACAUCUGCAGUGUUUACCCUGACAUUACUUCGGUGGGGCGGGCUCUCCUACCUGCCCGUCAUGUUGCCUUUGUGCCUAGCUUAAAUUAAAUAAGUACCUUGGGGAAACACUUCAUUGACAUUUUCUUUUGUUGCUACUUUGAGGAGGGAGGGAGAGAACACAAGAUUUAUUUCCACUCCCAACCAGGCUAGCAUGCUAGAAUGGUCACUUUUCCUUUUGGGACACACCAAGUGCAUUUUCGCCUCAGAUUUGACUGUACUCUGCAGGCGACACAGAGAACUGAAUUUACAUGAUUUUUUUUUUAUCUCUUUGUGUCAUGUAUGAUGUAUUCAUUUUAUGAUUUUCUUUGGGGAAAUUCUUAGCGUAUAUUAUAUUUUUUUGUUGCGUAAUAAAAAAAGUUUUUUUGCUUGACUACCAACUUGAUUGUGAUUGGUUGAUAGUAUAACAAAUUCAACUGUAAUAUUUUAAAUAGCUGAACUUAAUCUUGAUUAAAAACAAUGAUGGUGAGAUUAUAACCUUUUCCUAGUCAACUUCUGAAUGUUUGUAAUUGCAGAAUGUUUGUAAUAAAAUAGUGUAACUGACACAGUU